UUUACUAGGCCUGCGAGAUAUUCCGAGAGUGAUGUUAUGAAGUCAUUUAACAUUCAAUAUGGCGGCCCAAACGUCCACCGCCAAGUUUAGCGAUAUUUACGAAUUAAAGGAGGAGUUAGGAAAGGGAGCUUUCUCAAUUGUGAAGAGAUGUGUGCAAAAAGCCACUGGAUUAGAAUUUGCUGCAAAAAUAAUUAAUACCAAGAAAUUGUCUGCCAGAGCUUCAGACAAUGAUGAUCACCAAAAAUUGGAACGUGAAGCCAGGAUAUGCAGGUUACUCAAGCAUCCGAAUAUAGUUCGGUUACACGAUAGUAUACAAGAUGAAGGAUUUCAUUAUCUUGUCUUUGACCUAGUAACUGGUGGAGAAUUGUUUGAAGAUAUUGUCGCACGGGAAUUCUAUAGCGAAGCGGACGCUAGUCACUGCAUGCAGCAGAUAUUAGAGAGUGUAAACUAUUGUCAUCAACACGGAAUAGUGCACAGAGAUCUAAAGCCAGAGAACCUCCUCCUGGCUAGCAAAGCCAAAGGGGCUGCUGUUAAAUUAGCUGAUUUUGGGUUAGCUAUUGAGGUUCAAGGUGAACAACAGGCUUGGUUUGGUUUCGCAGGAACACCUGGUUAUCUUUCACCUGAAGUCCUCAGAAAAGAUCCCUAUGGCAAACCUGUGGAUAUCUGGGCAUGUGGUGUUGUACUUUAUAUUCUGCUGGUGGGUUAUCCCCCUUUCUGGGAUGAGGAUCAGCAUAGAUUGUAUGCACAGAUCAAGGCUGGUGCAUAUGACUAUCCCUCCCCUGAGUGGGAUACAGUCACCCCUGAGGCUAAAAAUCUCAUUAACAGUAUGUUGUGUGUGAAUCCAGCCAAGAGGAUCAAUGCCUCAGAAGCUCUGAAGCAUCCAUGGAUAUGUCAAAGGGAAAGAGUGGCUUCUGUGGUACAUAGACAGGAGACUGUAGACUGCUUGAAGAAGUUCAAUGCCAGACGAAAACUGAAGGGAGCCAUAUUGACAACUAUGUUAGCAACCAGAAACUUUUCAAGUAACACUGCGACCUCGCCGGCUGGAAACGGAUCAGCCAUGGCGACAGUAUUGGCAGGUCGCAGUUUGAAUGUGAAGAAAAAUGACGCCAUCAAGGAAUCAACAGAAAGUAAUACAAUAGAAGAUGAAGAUUCUAAAGUGGUGUCAGUGAAGUGUGACCUAGAGAGUCGUAAACAAGAGAUUAUUAAACUGACAGAACAACUUCUGCAAGCCAUUACUAGCGGAGAUUAUGGAGAAUACACCAAACUGGUGGAUCCUCAUUUGACAUCCUUUGAACCUGAAGCCUUAGGAAAUCUUAUAGUUGGUCUGGACUUCCAUAAGUUUUAUUUUGAUCAUGCCAAUGCUGUAGAAACAAACUCUCCUCUUGACCCUACUCAGGAUGGGUCUGACCUCCCCCCUCGGGUGCUGUCAAAAAAUAGCAAACCAGUCAACACAAGUAUACUCAACCCUCAUGUACAUUUACUGGGAGAAGAUGCUGCAUGCAUUGCGUAUGUUAGAUUAACUCAGUUCAUUGACAGAAAUGGGCUGCCAGUUACCAAGCAUUCUGAAGAAACUAGAAUUUGGCAGCGCAAAGAUGGCAAGUGGCAAAAUGUGCAUUUUCAUAGGUCAGGGUCCCCUACUACAGAAACAGGGAAAUAACUGAUUGCUCUGUAGAUGUCAAUAUGAUACGUAGGAUUAUAAUUUUCUUUACCUAUGAAUAAAACUGUAUGCUCACUGCCGAGGCUCAUUCGUCUAAAAUAAGCUGAUAUUUUAUACUUUCUCUUCAAGACAGAGGUCACCCCCAUAUCCCAAUGUCCCAUGCUACACCAAACACAAACAUUAGUUGCCAAAACAAAAAAAAAGGUGUUGGUGGUUUUGUGUAUGACUGGGGCUGUGGUGACCGGUUGCUGCUGUUAGUGAAAGCAGCUAUUGUUAGAGAAGCAGCUGUGAUGAUGUUACAGUGUGUGGAGAUUUUGUUUUUUUACAGUUUAUUUUGUAAGUUGUUUUUUUUUCAAUGCUCCCAUUUUUUGUUUUAAUGGAACAAUUUUUUUGUGCUUUUUUUUUUUUUUUUGUGUUUAUUUUUUACCCUUCUGUAUUUUCACUGCAAAACUUUGUCAGUGGCAGUAUAGAGCAUACUGUGUGCAUUUGUCUGGUGCAAUAGUGCAUAGACACAGUUUUCUUUCUCUUACACACUAAGCCCCUCUCCUUCCAUUGACAAACAAUAACUUAGUGUUACAAGCCAUGUAUUUAUUACACAUGUAUUUCCUAUACCAUCAGUUGUUGUUUGUUUUUUUCUCUACUAUCUUGUGUGUAUGCUUGUAAUGGAACAGAAUUAUUGAAAUUUUUUUUUUUUUAAAUGGGGAAUCCACCAAGUGGAUCGUUUGUGUCUCUAAAGGGAAAAUGUUUGAUGGUCAUUUAAAAUUGUCUUUUUUUUUUAAAUUCUCUUCAAUUUUUUAAACAUUUAUUUUUGUUACACUGUCUGUUUAAGUGAACACAAUCUAUAUCUAUAUAUCUAUAUAUAUUUCUAUAUAUAUCUUUUUUCUAAUAUGGGUUUCCUUUUAAGCUCUAGUCUAAUAGGAUUGCUCUAUACUAAAAAAAAUUAUAUUUUUAACUCAUCACUAGACUUUAGCCAUUCUAAUACAUUACAAUAAUAAGAAUAGGAUAAAGCUCAUUUUUAAUGUGACUGAAUGAAAUUCAUUUUUGAUUUGACUUGUCACAAAAGUCUUUAGUGUUCCAAUGACACUGUUCUCAAACAUACAAACAUGGACCUGAAUUUGUACUACAUGAGUGAGGCAUAGAAAGGUUGCUGUAUAAAGACACUUAUAAAAAAAACAAUAAGAACUAUUUAUUUCUUGGUGAAAGUUGUACAGUCUACUAACUUAUCCACUGCUAUAUAUAUAUAUAUAUUCAUGUGAAAUCAUUCCUUUGCUUUUAUCAACAUGAUCAAAAUAAUGUGUUUCACUAUAAGCUUGCUUUAUCUUCAUUGUCCUAUGGUUCUCAUCAUGUGUACAUGUUUUUCUUUCUUGAGAGCUGUUUGUAGUUCUUUAUAUCCAAAUCUAUAUUUUUAUAUUAGAACCUUGUCAAUCUCACAAAUUUUAUUGACGGUCAUCUCACAGAGUGUGUUUUCACCAGUUUUUUGUUUUCCUUCUUUCUAAUCGUAUUUGUGCAAGUGUGUGCCAUUAUUAGAGACAUUGUAGUCAAGUUUUGUUGGAUUGUACAUACUUUGAAGUAAAUACAUGAAAGGCUCACAUUCUGUUGACAAGGCUCUAUGGUAUUGAGGCUAAUCACAUGUUGUCUUUGAAUACUGAGCACACUAACAAGCCUAGGAAAUACACUAACAAAUCUUAAUGUAGAGCUACAUAUGGUUUUAUAAAUACUUUUUUUUUUCAUCCAUCUAAAGAGUGUACCAGGUAAUACUAAAAUCAUUAGUGUAACUAUUUUUUCUGGGUAGAAGAUCAUAUUGUUAGAAACCACUUGUAAGUAGGUUUUUACCACUUUAGAUAGUUUCAUCACUUGCUUGAUAGUAUGCAUUAAAUAACACUUGUGAUAAAUAGAGAGCUGUAAAGCAGAGAGACAUUUCUUCUUGACAUCAAUGAUUGUUUGAGCUAAAGGAAAAGAGAGUACUCUGACAUAUCUUUUAAAAAUGAAGUUCACUUUGUCUAUGUUUACCCCCCCCCCCCCCCUUUAUUGUUUUAAAGUCACUUCUUUGUGUAGAGCAGUGACUGGAUGUAAUCAAAUGCAAAACUUUGUGAUUGUCUCUCUUUCUAUAUGCACCAAAAGUCAAGAAAGUGUUUUCUGUUGUAUUUUUUCUAAACGUUUCUCUCUUCUUUUUUUUUUUACCUGUUUACUUUAGUCAGUACCACAUUUUAGUCUUUGGCUAUAUAGUGUUUGGAUUUCAAAUUUUCCUGCUCUACUUUAAUUCAAUUCACUUGAAAAAAUACAACUAACAAAUCAAUUCUUGAACUGAAGGCUGUUUUUUGUUUCUUUGUUGUCUUUCUUCUUGUUGUUUUGGAUGACACAUUUUUCAAGAACAAAUAGCUUGAGCAGAUAUUAGUAGAAUUGUGAAUUCUACCCAACUUUGAAUGUAUUUUCUUGAAAGAAGAGACACAAUGAUGUGAUGAACUCUUGUCAAACUUUGCUUCAAUAAAUACAUGCAAAUGUUUAUUUUAGUGUAUUUACUUGUACACAAAGAUUGAAUAGUGCCAAACCACAAAAAUGUGUCCUUUGGACUGUGUCCCAGCUUCACAAUGAAACCAUAUUCUUGAAUGUUGUGAUAGUGCAGCUGUGAUGUUCCAACAAGCAUAAUUUGACUCUAUGUUUUUGGCAAGAACUUGAUCCUAUUCCCCAUCUCUACAGAGGACACACACCUAUAGAACCUUUUGGGUUCACACAAGUCACAAAUCCAUGUACAUACAAUUCAAUGGAUGGUCAAAUAUUAAGUGUGUGACACAAUUAAUUUCUAUGCUUCUUAAUUUCUCCAUCAUUACAUAUCCAAAUAGGUUUUUAUUCAUUACAGGUCCUUUUUAGUUCUCUGCAAUACAUUUUUUUCCUUGCAUGUUUUUUUUUUUAGAUUGAUUAUAUUUUUCAUAUUUAUCCAUCAUUAUACAUUUUUUUAAAUAAAUAAAUCUUCAAGUCCAGGUUUCAACUGGAGAUUCAAAAAGUUUAUAACUAUAUUAAAUCCACAUAUGUAUUCUCUUCUUUAGUUUCUAAUGUAGUAUAUAAACAUUUUGGAUUGUUUUCCCUACUGUAGCACACAAAAAACAAUGAGUUGAUCAAUCUCUAAUGUUGUUCUAUUUUGUACCCUAUCACACAUAUCUGAUUCUUAGCCCACCAGUUGUCCAACUUCCCCCUUUCCCAAGUUUUUUGCUGUUUUAUAACUUGCCUAUGUCUAAUUGAUCUAUCUGUCUCUUUGUCUCUGUUGUCUUUCUGCCCACUACAGUAAGUUCUUAUCUGAAAGUCUUUGAACAUUUUCAAAUAAGAAUAUCUGUGUUUCAUCUACUAUAUAAAAACACAAAAAAAAAAAAAAAAUUUCUUUAUCUUUACUGUUGGUUCUGUACUGGAAAAAAUGUGGUAGAAAGUUUUUGUUCAAAGGGUUAAUUUUCUAUGUAUAAAUUAAUUUAUUUAUUGACUUUUUCUUGUGGAAAGAUUGUGGUCAUGUUUGGUGCACAUUUUAUUUUCAAAUUUCAAGCAAACAAAAAAUGAUAUAUUUUCUGUAUACAUUUCCAUGUUGGCUGUAAUAUCCAUCUUAUCUCCCUUUAUUCACUGAUCCUGUCCUGCCAUGCUGUUUAGAUUCUAGACAAAUGUUUUAUUUCUUGUUUGUUUUCUUGUUGACUGCAUGUGAAAACUUAUUUUGUUUCUGAUGUAUAACUUUUAUCUUCCAAUACAAUGUUGCACUCUUUUUCUUUUCGUUUAUUUGUUCAAGUUUUGUUUUUAAUUUUGUACCAAUUUGAUGGUGUAUGUACAAGAAAUGGGUCAUUCAUUGUCUCCCCUUUUCAUGGAGAUUUUGUUUUCUUUGAUUGAUCAAGAAUGUGAAUUUUGGUUUUGUUUUAUUUCCUUGUUUUGCUUGUCUGUGUUGUAUCCGGCAGAGAGCAUUACAUUAGGUUAAGCAAUGCUUAUAUAUAGAUUUAUGCAUACAAAUUAUUUAUAUCUAUUUAUGGGACUGUAAUACAUAUUUAUAACAAUUUAUUCAAUUUCGAAAGUUAUAACUUCAUAAUCAGAGUAAAAAAUUCUGAAUAAUUCAUUCUGUACAGUCUUAAAUUAUUUGUUUUUAAACAUGACUAGCAAUAUUUGUCCUUCUCAAAAAAAAACAAAAAAAAGAUUCCACUUUACAAACAGAAUUUGGGCACCUCUUAUUGAACGGGUGUAAAUUGUCAAGUACAUAAAAUAGAUGAUUAGAUAGCUCUACCUAUUACAAUUCAGUAUUUGUUGGUUCUUCAGUGCUCAAAGAUGUUAUGUAUUUUUCAUUCAAAAGUAGAGGUCUUGUGAUGCCAAUUUGAUUGUUUUGACCUGUGGGAUGAAGAACUUAUUGUAUUGAAACCUUCUAGUUUCUACCUUUUUUUUUUCACCAAGAUGAGCUACAUGAUUGAAAUAUCUUAUUAGAUGUUAAAUAGUGUAGAUGCUGUUAGUGAUGACUAAUUGAAUGCUACAGAAUUUUCAAGUUCAGCCAAGAACAAAUGUCAUGUUAUUUAGUUGAGAAGACAAAAUCUUUAUCAAACAAAAUUUAUCCAAAUAAUUUGCACUGCAAUUUAAAAUAUUUUUUGUUUAUUUCUUCAAAUCACAUUUUACAACUGUGUUGAAAUACCUUUAGGUUUGUUCUGUUUGUCAUGUGCCUGCGUCUUGUGUACAAUGUAUAGUCCUCUGUUUGAUUUGACUUUUUGGUUUGGCUGCUGGCCACACAGAAAGUUUUUUUUUUUAGUGCUUUACAUAUAGUGUUUCCUUAUCUCAAAAUAAAUCAUUUUCAAUUGA